AUGGGCGACAGCGGAGGACCCGCUACGCCGAUGGCGCUCACUCGCGCGCUGCCGACGUGGGUGGUGGAGGUGUCGCGGCAACGCGAGCCGAGCAGAGACGCGGUGAUGGCGGCCGUCGAGCACGUCGCCGCUGAGCCCGCCAGCAUUCUGCUCGUCCACGUCAUCACCGAGGUCCCCUGCGGACGUGAGCUUCAUGAUCUCCCCUUGUCAUCCCACCGUUCGACCUCUGUAGCCAACCCGUUUCGGCACGACCUCCAUUGCUAUUUCCCAAUCGCCCUCACAAUUCACCCCCGACUCCCCGUCUAUUUCCCCAUUGUCCCCACGCUCUCUCCGCACAUCUCUGUCCGCGCGUCGGCGAGUGCAGGCAACCGGACGGUGGCGGCGAGCGAGGCGGACGGCAAGGCGGCGACGGAGCACGCGAAGAAGCUCGUCGACGUGCUCCUCGAGCCGCUCCUCGCGCUCGUCCGCGCCGCCAAUGUGCGUCCCGCCUGCAUGCCGCAUGUACUCCAGCGGUCAUGUCCAUUGACGGGCAGUGAUGCCUUACACUCCCAUGCUCCCACCUGCGUGCCCUCACAUGCCUCACAUUCCCUUAACCAGUUCGCGCCGUGUUCCGCGGUGCUGGAGCUCAACGACUCGCGCCACGACGGCCUCGUCGACGCCGCCAGGCGCGCAGCUGCGGAUCGCGUCUACAUGGGCGCGAAGAAGAGGCUGCUGGGGUGGUCGGCGUCGGCGACCGUCGCGCAGUGCCAGGCAAGUCUGCCGCCUUCCUGCCGCCUCUUCAUUGCGCAGGGCGGCUCGCGACUGCAGCGCCUUCACGCCGCGGGGAAGGCGCACUCGGCCCACCCCAUCCCCCCCCCGUUUUACACCUUCCCCUCCUCCGCCUCCGCGCCUUCCUCCGCCACGCCGCCCCCCGCCGCCCCUUCCGCUUCCCCACCCUCCGUGGCUGUGCAACAGCCGGCGCGCGGCAUCACCCCCUCGUUCUCCUCCACGUCGCUCCCCCUGCAAGCCCCCGACGCCGCGCUCGCCUCCCCCUCGUCGAUCUCCUCCGCCUCCGCGCGCUUCCCCUCCUCCGCGCAGGGCCAGAUGGAAGCCGCGCAGCAGCAGGUGGGGGCGGGAAGAGAGGCGCCGGGGAACGCGGAGGAGAGCAGACAAAGGGACGGGUGGGGGGCGCACGCGCGCGGGCAUAGGUCAGCGUCGUGCGGGGGCGGGGAGGACGCGGACUCGGGGCUGCUGGCGCAGCAGCUGCAGGAGCUGAGCGCGCAGGCGGCGCAGGGGGGAGAAGGGGCGAGUCGGGCGGAGUUGGAGCGGCAGCUGCAGCAGGUGGUGGCGCUGCAGCAGCGCAUUCAGCAGCAGCUCCGCGGCAGCCCGCUCCCCGCGCCACACGCCGCUGGCACCGGCUCCGCGCCCAGCGCGUCCCCCACCAGCCAGGGCUCCGCGCAUGGCGCACCGGGCAUGGGAAUGGGCGCGGGUAUGGGCAUGGGCACGGGCAUGCGCGCGGGGUUGAGUCUGUCGCAGGACUGCGACUACCCUGUGUCACCAGGGUCGCUGUCGCAAGGCCACGCCAUGUCGCCCAUCGGCCCCGGCUUCAAGCCCCCCCGCUCCCCUGCUGGGGGAACGCGCGCAACCGUCGCGGGCACUGCGCCAUUCGCCCUGUCCCCCGACCUGGCAUCCCCCGCGUCGCAGCAGCGCCAUUUCCCGCGCAUUCUCUCCGCGCCCACCUCCUCCGCCGCCGCGGCUGCCGUGGCGGCUGCGGCAGGCGCGCAGGGGGACGCGGGGACGGCCCCGAGCAGCACGGGCAGCUCCCCCGCCACGUCCAUGGAGCGCCGCCUGCUGCCCCCCCGCCGCCCCUCCUUCGACGUGCGCGCCCUCGCCGCCCCCGCUGCAGCCGCGCCACCUGCACCAGUGACGAACUCAGCAGCAGGGGGAGGCGCAGCGGGCGCGCGGAGGGGCGGGGGGUCGUUAUCGCGCGUGCGGAGCUACGAGACGCUGGUGGCGCUGAGAGAGGAGGAGGGGGAGGAGCACGGGGGAGGCGCGGAAGGCGAGGAGGGGGAGGGAGAUGGGGAGGGCGAGGAGGUGGGCCAUGGGCGGUCCCUGGCGGAUGAGCUGGCGGCGCUGGCAGCGGAGGACGAGGGGGGGGAGGGGGGCGAGCGCAAGGGGUCGAGUGAGAGCUGGCGGGGGCGCGCUGUGAGCAGCAACCGCGGGGCGGGCAGCAGCGCGGGCAGUGAUGCCGAGGCUGCUGCUUGGGCCGGUGGACGCAACGGGGUACGCAUGCUGGGGCGUUGGAUGGGCAAAACGCCCAGCGCCCGCACGCCCGACAGCACGCCAGCGCUGCCCUCCUCACUGGCGCUGGUGCAGUCCGGUGGUCUCCCUCAGAGUGGCGGUUACCAGUCAGGCAGUCUGCCUCAGUCGGGCAGCAUACCGGGGUCGGGGGGACUCAUGGCAGGCAGCAGCAUCGCCAGCACCGACACCUUCCCGCCUCUCGACAGCUUUGAGUCCUCGGAAGCUUCCCAGAACCGGCCGCCCUCGCGCUUCCAGCACUUGACGGCGAUGGCGCAGCAGCACGGGCAGUCGCAGGGGCCGCUGCUGGCAGCCGCGUCGCACGGCCCGCUGCACGCGCACUCCCACGGCGCCUCGUUCGGCCGCGCCGCCUACAGCAGCGGCCAGCUGGGCGCGGGCGGCGGCGGGGCAGGCGGCGACGGGUUUGACUGCCGGCAGUUCACGGCGCAGCAGCUGGCGCGCGCCACGGGGGGCUAUGCCAAGGAGAACCUUCUGGGGCGUGGGUCGUUCGGGCAGGUGUUCAAAGGCGAGAUGCUGGGGUGCAAGGUGGCUGUGAAACGGCUGGAGGGGCAGGGGUGGCAGGGGCCCGACGAGUUCCGCGUGGAGGUGGAGGUGCUGAGCCGCAUGCGCCACCCCAACAUCGUGCUGCUCAUGGGCUGCUGCACCGACGAGAUGGCUCUCGUCUACGAGUUCCUCCCGGGCGGCACGCUACAGGACAAGCUCGGCCCGCCCAAGGGGUCGGCGGCGGUGCCGCUGAGCUGGGCGGACCGGCUGCGCAUCGCAGCGGAGAUGUCGUCAGCGCUGCUGUACCUGCACCAGAACGACCCGCCCAUCGUGCACCGCGACUUAAAGCCCGACAACAUCCUGCUGGACGGGCACCUGGCGAGCAAGAUCGGCGACGUGGGGCUGGCGCGGCUGCUGGAGGCGGACGGGGCCACCACCAUGAAGGUGCGCGGCACGGCGGGAUACAUCGACCCUGAGGAGGUGGAGACGUGUGAGAUCAGCGUGCUGUCCGACGUGUACGCGCUGGGGCUCAUCCUGCUGCAGCUGCUCACGGGGCAGAGGAGCGUCAAGGCCGUGCACCGCAUGCUCGCCGAGGCCGCCACCAAGGGCCGUGCGCGCCCGGGGGACGUGGGGCCCGACGGCGCGAGUCGGGCGGCGGUGGCAGUGGUGAUGCGGUAUCUGGACACGGCGGGCGGCGAGUGGCGUGCGGAUCUGGUGGAGCAGGUGGUGGGCGUGGCGCUGCGCUGCGCGGAGCGGCGGCGGGCGAAGCGGCCGGAGCUGGUGGGGGAGAUCCACCCGCUGCUGGUGAGAGUGGCGGCCGAGGCAGAGGCGGAGGUGAAGCAGCGCAAGCAGCAGAUGGAUGAGCAGUUCCUCUGCCCCAUCUCCAAGGAGGUGAUGCGGGAGCCAGUGGUGGCAGCGGACGGGUUCACGUACGAGAGGGAGCACAUGGAGCGGUGGAUGGCGUCGUGCACGCUCUCCCCCGCCACGGGGCAGCCCCUCGCCCACUCCAGCCUCACCCCCAACCACGUCCUCAAAAACCUCAUCGCCUCCCACCGCCAGCGCUGA